UCAAGAAUGGGCAAUGUUCACCCAAACGGAUUGGCAAUCGACGCCUUCAUACAUUUCUACUAUAUUAUUAGGGACACUCGGCGAGAUUUUGUGGAAUUGCUGUAUCAUGAAUUUGCUGUCUUGGAUUGGAAUGGCACUGAGCUGUAUGGCCGUGAGGCCAUUAAAAAUCACUGCACGGCGUUGCCACCAUCGAGACAUCAUUUGACUUCGGUGGACUGUGUGUAUCUACAGAUGAACGAGAGCCCAAACAUUAAGCUAUAUCAUGUCAUAAUCGGCGGCGAGGUGACUUUAGGUGGGGAAGCGGUGCGAAACUUUAAUCAUAACUAUCUUUUCUCCAUCGAGAAUGAUAUAUGGCAGGUUAUUCUAGAUUAUUAUAGGGAGUCCUAGCUUAGGCCAAGAGUAUAUUCUUAUGUUAAAUCGGUUCAGUUUUCGAAAGAACAGAAUUCAAUCAAGUACCUAGAUUCCUGACUUCCGAUUAAAGCUAUUAUUUUGAGUUUGGCGUGCUGGGGGAUUGGUUGUGUAACUGGUAACAUUGGUGGGGAAAGUUUAAAUUAAAGCCGCACUGUAU